UUAUCCAACAACAACAUCAAAAUCGUCAUCAUGGUCUGGGACAAAUACAACCGCUCAAAUGGUGGUGUCACGAUCGACUUUUACCCAAACACACUCGAUAACAUCUCUUGGUCGAAGGAAGGAAUCAUCUCAGUGGGCGGCAGUGACCAUGUCAGCCUUUUCGUACCACGUCUCAAAGCCAUUGCAUCGGAUGAGAGAAGAUGGGACAAGAUCAAUCUCAAGACGAGUUUCUUCACCCUGGAUGAUAUCCAACUUCAACUACCUCUAAGCUGGAAAAACUUUUCGAUUGGUGAAGAAAUGUCAGAAUCCUUUGUUCACGCCCUCGACUGGUCACCUCCGGGACUUGGCAAACACAAACGAAGUGUCCUGGCCGUUCUUACCUCAAAUCAUGUGCUAUCGAUCUGGGAAUGCGUUGGAAAACCAGAAAUCGCUACGGAUUGGGUGAGAGCUUGUGUCGUCAACCACACCCUCCAAGCACACUACAAGGAAAAGGAUGUUCAGACUUCGGAAGAGAGUGAGCACGAUCACUUUGAAAGACUGAGAGCAAAGCAACGUAUCAGAGCGUUUACAUGGAGCCCAGCAUUACCAGACUCUUCGCUGUCGGGUGCUUCUGGUCACUGCACGACAAGAAACCCCUAUCUGGCUGUUUCAAAUGAUCGCGGCGAAGUCUUGAUCAUCGACCUACAGACACCUCACAAUAUCUUGGAGCCAAACACGACACGCUGGAACCUAUCUGUGGCGGGCUCAUUCGGCGUCGAGGUUCCCGAUACCAAGAAAUCGGCUCUCAGUGCUUGUCUGCCAGUGACAUUUACAUGGAGAAGUCCUUUUGUGGAUCAAUUGGCUNNUUGGAGUCCAUGGGCUUCAGAUUCCGCCAAUUCGCAAACGUCAAUACUGACUUUCACGACUCAGUCAUCUUUGCAAUGCACGAACGUGAUGAUUGCUGAUGAAAGCUCACGUACUGAUGUGGCGACUGGCGCUGUUAUAUCGCUGAUGGAGGAGGUACCUGAUACUCAAGCUGCCGGAUGUAUGAAAUGGGCCUCGAAGCUGAACAGUUCAAAGGAAGCAUUCCUGGUGUACCCAACCCGCAAUGCGUUCUACUGUCUGCAAGCUCAGCCGGGUUCCAAUUCCGAGUUUCAAGUCUCGGCUCAAGAGAUCAAUACUCCCUGGGACGAGAUCGCAGGCAUGACUUUUGUACAAGACGAGAGCGAGAACAUUUCUGUGCAAAUUGCAUACCAUCUUGGCUCGGGGACUGACCGCAUCACCAGUCUGGCUUUACCAUUUACACCGAAUUCAGGCCUCGGAUCCACUAAUUGGCAGCAUGACCUGCUCAGAGGCCAACGACGCUUUAGUGACGAGUGGAACCUUGCUGGCAACGUUAUAUCCAGAGCUUAUGGCUUGUGUACAUCUCCCUUUGGCGAUUUGGUGGCUAUCAAUGUCAGCUUUCACCCGAGCGAUGGAGUUGAAUACACAACAAACUCUGAUGAGGUCUCGUAUUUCGUUACUAGUCAGUGCAAUGAUGACUUGCAAUUUGCUCUCGCCGGGUCUCCUUCCAAUGCUUACGAACUGACUGCUGAAACUCUGCUUUCUAGCUUGCAAAGCCUUGCCGUGCGCGAGCCCGAAGCGCUUGCUGACGACAGCUUUGUGAUUGAGCAGGUCAUGCAAGCACUCGACCUUUCGGAAUUGCCCUCAACCAGUAUCAAUCAGGUUCAGAUCACAGAAGACACUCCUGUCGAGCUGGUUGUGCGUCAAUUGAGACAGAACAUCUUGUUCAACCGUGACAGUGUUCACAGGCGGCUGUCGCAGCUGUUGAAAUUUGUCAAAGCUGACAUUCCCAAAACUCCGCCGCUCGAUGCAACGGUCGUGCUCAAGAUUGUUUCAGAGAUCUCGCGCCUCCCACAUUUCGUUGCAGACGCCAGUCUCUUGAGCACCUCAAUCAUGCAAACUCAUUGUUUGAUUCUAGCGAAACUGCAAGCACGAGCUGGAAAUGCUGACGCCGAUGCUUCGACCUCAGAGGAAGAAGAGAUUGAGAGAUGUGAGAUAUGUCACAGUAACAUACCUUUGGAGAGUCUUCGAUGGGCGAAGUGUGUUAACAACCAUCAAUACCCGCGUUGCACGCUCUCCUUCCUCGCUAUUCAAACGCCGGGCACUGCUAAGUCUUGUUCUAUAUGCAAUGCUCAGUAUAUGAACGAGUUUAUGAUACCUGGCAUCAAGGCAAAAGACAGCAGCGAGACGGUCACCGAUGAAGCUGAUGGAGAUGAGGUGAUGCAAGGGACUAUUGACCCAGAGCCUCCAGUAUCUUUGGCACGCAUUCUUUUCGCGGCAUGCGAUAGAUGUGUCUGUUGUGGAGGUAAAUUUACCGGCUAA